CGUCAACGAGAUUGGUCGACAGUCUGCUGGGUGGGGCCUUAUACGUUUUUUCCCCCGAAUGUGAUUCCUAUCUCCUCCUUUCUCUAAUAUCUCUGGUUAAAUUAUUCUGUGCACCUCCUGACUCCUUCACAUUGUAGCUAUCGUUUUCUAGUCGGAGGCAUUUGGGAGUUGAAAAAUCACUUCCGGGAAGUCAUUUGGAUGGUAAAAGUUAAAAGGUAGCCUUGCUCUGUUUUCAAAAUAUUCACAUUGGUGGGAUAUUUCCGGGCAAAUUCUUCAUUGACCUCGCCUGCUUCAAAGUGUUUAAAGAGGAGGAAUUCAAGAGAAGCAAGAUGAAACAGCAAGACGUUCCUGCUCUCUCUUCAAAGUAUGAUCAAAUCUUUGGUAUGAUACUUAGCUAGCUACAUACACGGUUUUAAACGAUCGCUAACCUCAGCUGAUGCGUUAGCUCGGUGCCACCAAAAAGGGGACAAAGUUGAAAAUCGAACCCAAAAGUUAGUACAAACAAUAUGAUAUCUAGGUGCUGUGAAAGAAUGGGUUUGAGUUAAUAAACGAAUUGUCAACCAAUUGAGUUUUUCAUGUGAGCACUGGAGCUUGUUUCGGUAUUUUAAUGGGAGGCGGGCUGGGUUGGAGAGCAUCUAGUGGGCGACACUUGCGAAGAAGGUGGAGGUGCCGGCGACCUGCUGGGCUUGGAUGGAGUCGCUUGCUGGGUACGUCUACAAAGCGGCCGCUGAUGGCCGAGUCCUGACGCUGGCCGCCUUGUUGCUCAACCAUUCCGAGGCAGAGACACGAUAUUUACUGGGUUAUGUGACCCACCUCGCCGGCCAACGGUCAACUCCUCUCAUCAUCGCAGCUCGAAACGGACACGACAAAGUUGUGAGGCUGCUGCUGGUUCACUACAGGGUGGAUACUGAACAAACUGGCACAGUCAGAUUUGACGGGUAUGUCAUUGAUGGGGCCACCGCCCUGUGGUGUGCGGCUGGCGCAGGACACUUUGAGGUAGUCCGCCAGUUGGUGUGCCACCAGGCCAACGUCAACCACACCACUGUCACCAACUCCACCCCCCUGAGGGCAGCCUGCUUUGAUGGGCGUCUGGACAUUGUGAAAUACCUGGUGGACCACCAGGCCAACAUCGGCAUCGCCAACAAGUACGACAACACCUGCCUGAUGAUUGCCGCCUACAAGGGCCACAUGGACGUGGUGGCCUUCCUGCUGGAGCAUGGGGCUGAGCCCAACUCCAAGGCCCACUGUGGGGCCACCGCCCUGCACUUUGCUGCUGAGGCAGGCCACCUGGACAUCGUUAAGGAGCUGGUGCGCUGCCAGGCUGCCAUGUUGGUGAACGGCCACGGCAUGACGCCGAUCAAGGUGGCGGCGGAGAACUGCAAGGUGGACGUGGUGGAGCUGCUGCUGUCUCAUGCCGACUGUGACCCGCACAUCCGCAUCGAGGCCCUGGAGCUGCUGGGUGCCUCGUUCGCCAACGACCGGGAGAACUAUGACAUCUUUAAGACCUACCACUACCUGUACCUGGCCAUGCUGGAGCGCCACCGUGAUCCCGUCGCGCUCAUCGCCAAGGAGCUGCUUCCGCCCAUCGAGGCCUACAGCGGCCGGGGCGAGUGCCGCACCCCGCAGGAGCUGGAGGCCAUCCGGACAGACCGCAACGCACUGCACAUGGAGGGCCUGAUGGUGCGCGAGCGUAUCCUGGGCUCGGAUAACAUUGACGUGUCGCACCCCAUUAUAUACCGGGGAGCCGUGUACGCCGACAAUAUGGAGUUUGACCAGUGCAUCAAGCUAUGGCUGCAUGCUCUGCGCCUGCGUCAAAAGGGCAACCGCAACACCCACAAGGACCUGCUGCGCUUCGCCCAGGUCUUCUCCCAGAUGGUGCACCUGAAGGAGCCGGUGGGGGCAGAGCCGGUGGCGCAGGUGCUGCGCUGCAGCGUGCUGGAGAUCCAGAGGAGUAUGGCCAGGGUGGAGGCGGCGCCCGAGGCAGAGCUGCACACGGCAAUGGACAACUGCGAGUCCAAUAUGUUCACCUUCCUCUACCUGGUGUGCAUCAGCACCAAGACUGUGUGCGGCGAGGAGGAGCGCGCCCAUGUCAACAAGCAGAUCUACAAACUGAUCCAGCUGGACCCGCGCUCGCGGGAGGGCUUGUCCCUGCUGCACCUGGCCAUCAGCUCCAGCACCCCAGUGGACGACUUCCACACCAACGACGUGUGCAGCUUCCCCAACGCGCAGGUCACCAAGCUGCUGCUGGACUGCGGUGCGCAAGUGAAUGCGGUGGACCACGAGGGCAACAGUCCUCUGCACAUCAUCGUCCAGUACAACCGGCCCAUCAGCGACUUCCUGACGCUGCACGCCAUCAUCAUCAGCCUGGUGGAGGCGGGCGCCCACACCGACAUGACCAACAAGCAGAAGAAGACGCCACUGGAUAAGAGCACCACGGGUGUGUCGGAGAUCCUGCUCAAGACCCAGAUGAAGAUGAGCCUCAAGUGUCUGGCGGCACGUGCCGUGCACCAGCACCAAAUCACCUACCGCAACCAGAUCCCUAAGACCCUGGAGGAGUUUGUGGAGUUCCACUGAUCCACCUGGCCAGGGAGGCUUUUUAAACCAUUAGAAAACUUGUGUUCUUGUGAAUUUUUUUUAAUUGUUAUAAUUUUCUAACAAAUCAAAAUGGUGCUGCUGAUGAUGAUUAGGAACAGUCAGAUGCAUUUUGUUUUUUAAAACAAUGGUUCCUUUUUUCUGUUUUAAGUAUAAAUCACGAGUACCAGCAACAGCAGCCAUAUUCUCAUUCUCCCAUACAGUGCCUUGCAAAAGUAUUCAUCCCCUUUGGCGUUUUUCCUAUUUUGUUGCAUUACAACCUGU